AUGGCCUACCCUGGAUAUGGUGGCUCCGGUAUGGGCGCCGGCGGCGACACCGCAGGCAUGAGUGAACAAGAACAGCAGAUGGUCAAAUAUAUGAAAGCAGCAUCUGAAAGCUGUAUGGCCAAGUCCAUCAUGGCUGGCGCCAUGGGUGGACUCCUUGGAGGAGCCUUUGGACUUUUCAUGUCAAGUAUGGCCUACGAUACACCGCUUUCUGCGCAAGGACAACAAAUCACAUCACUUCCGGUACGAGAACAACUGAGACGUGGUCUAAAAGAUAUGGGUUCAAGGUCGUGGUCAUCGGCAAAGAACUUUGCUUUAAUAGGUGGGAUAUACAGUGGCGUCGAAUGCACAAUCGAGGGUUUCAGAGCAAAGUCAGAUCUUCAGAACAGCGCGAUGGCUGGCUGCAUAACCGGUGCAGGUUUGGCAUACAAGGCUGGACCUCAAGCCGCUCUUUUUGGUUGUGGCGGUUUUGCAGCCUUUUCUACAGCCAUUGAUGCUUAUAUGCGGAUGCCGGAGAGCGACUGA